UGCUGUUGCUGCACGCGGAGGUAGAGAUCUGCGGAAGUCCCGCGCGCUGCUGUCCGGACACGGCGCGUCUGUUUUUCCUGUCAAAGUCACCAACAUCUCGUCUCUGUUAAUAUGGCGUUUUGCCCAAAAUGGAAACAGCCUUCAGCCUUGUAUCGUUAACCGUCACUAAGAUCUUACAGUUUUCCGGACUCGCAUUCAACAGGAAUGACCUGAAGACCGAGAAGAUGGAGGAGAAAGCGUUAGAAGUGUACGAUGUGAUUCGAUCGAUCCGGGACCCGGAGAAGCCCAACACCCUGGAGGAGCUGGAGGUGGUGACGGAGAAAUGCGUGGAGGUCCAGGAGCUCGGCGAGGACGAGUAUCUAAUCAUUAUCAAGUUUUCUCCAACCGUCCCUCACUGCUCUCUGGCCACUCUGAUCGGUCUGUGCUUACAAGUGAAGCUGCAGAGGUGUUUGCCUUUCAAACACAAGCUGGAAAUUUACAUUUCAGAAGGAACCCAUUCCACAGAGGAAGACAUUAACAAACAGAUCAACGAUAAGGAGCGAGUGGCGGCCGCCAUGGAAAACCCCAAUCUGAGAGAGAUCGUGGAGCAGUGCGUCACCGAACCCGACGACUGACCAGGAAGACACGCCCACAUGAAGCAAGCAGCCUGGAGCCACUGUGUGUGUGUGUGUGUGUGUGUUGUGUGUGUGUGUGUGUGUGUGUGUGUGUGUCUGUGUGUGUGUGUGUGUGUGUGUGUCCACGGUGCCUGAGGAUGUUUUUUUUACAGGAUUCCCGAGCGUCUCUCUGAUGCAGAGACUCGUGUCGGCUCUGGGGAGUUUGGUGGAUUUCAUCUGAAGCGUCUCCAGUGAAGAGUGUGAACACUGAGCGGUGGAUGGAGAUGUGUGUUGACUUUCCCAUGAUUCCCUGCUGGAAGGCGUCGCAGUGAAAGUCUUUGUUGCCGUCUGCAGAGGAAACAGGAAACGCCUCGUGUCCUACUUCCACUUCAUCCUCCAUCUCACUCUUCAUUCACACGGACUCUGGAGGGAGCGACGGCGGCGGCUGAGUCGCCGCUUCACGCAGGACAAACCUGCGGCGACAUGUUUCACGUUUUCCUGUGGCAACUGUUUUCACCAUUCUGUCCUUUUGUAAACGCGCUCAGGUGAAUCACUGUCAGCCCGAGUCCGUCUGAGCAGAAGUAUGAUUCUUUAGAUGUGAUUAUUUUUAAAAUAAUAAAACAGAUGUGAUGUACAAAGAGAUCAUUUAUUAAAAAGCUGCGUCUCA